GAGCUAGUCUUUGACCGUUCUAUUGAGGGACCCGUCCUAGUGGACGUUAAACUCUUUGGCAACAUGUAAGCCAGAACGUGAUCGUCUUGCGCCUCCCUCUCGCUCGCUACGCAUGCGCUCUAGGCCGCCUACACCGUGGCCAACACGGCCAUUUGCAGAGGCCGGCGUAACAGAUCUGCAAACAUCGGAAUGAGAGACGCGGGAGGCGUUCUGCCAUCGCCGACACCACCAUGAUCAGUCGCUCUUUGCUCUGGCCGAUCUGCCUAGACCAUGGAGCUAUGUUCGGACCUAUCUGACUGUGAUCGAUAUUAUCCUGAGCAGAUCGCGACUACUAGCGAGCGGAGUAGACGGCCGCUGGCGCUCAAAUCAUUCUAACGGAAGAAUGCCCACAGAGCGUUGGGGAGUUUAAGCCAGCUUGAGGACGGAGAUCGCCAUGAUGCGGACGUUGCCGAGUGCCGGAGCGAAACGCCGCGGUGGAGAGCAUCUGCAAAAUGCGAUAACUCGCGCAGUCGAAGGUGUUGACGAGUUCUGUAGGUUCAUACAUGGCAGUCAUUGAAGUUGCGUAUGUCGUGCUCAUGUCUUUCAGUGUUUGAGACGCACACGUUGCAUCGAUGUUGGAGGCGCUGUAUGCCCCAGCUCGCCCAGGAGCUCAUAGGAGUGGUGCCCUGAAUGCCCUGAGGCUCAUUUGGUUGUGUUAUGUCUGAGGUUCGCCAUUAGCCGCCGUGAACGGAGCGACAGGCUCAACGCGCAUGGCUAUCACGCCCGCGAGCCCUCUCCAUUGCGGUUCACACCAAGGCAGUGUAGGCAUGGUUUGUGAGACUUUCAGACGCAUGACUGCUCUGGGACAGACGUACACGCACGCAGACUGGCAAUAUGCAUACGGCACACCCUGCACAGGCCCAGACGUUGCAGACGAGCGCCGCAUUGACAUUGCGCCGCACGCUGGGGGGGGAGUCGCCGUCAGGCACACGAAACGUUCAUUGUCCUAUCAUAGGGCGCGACAGCUGUCGUGACCUGGCGUGUGACCGUGCAUAUCGUGUGACUGAGUGAUUUGGAUGUGGUUUUGGCGUGUGGGAAUAGGGGAACGUGCCCGAGGUUGGUUGGCCCGACAUGGUGUAUUGCAUGGGAGGCCGGAGUACGGGUGAUCCGAGAGAGGAUAUAGGUCGCGUCUGAGAGCGGCUAGAGCCGUCUCUCAUUCCGAUCCUAGGCGAGCUAGUCUUUGACCGUUCUAUUGAGGGACCCGUCCUAGUGGACGUUAAACUCUUUGGCAACAUGUAAGCCAGAACGUGAUCGUCUUGCGCCUCCCUCUCGCUCGCUACGCAUGCGCUCUAGGCCGCCUACACCGUGGCCAACACGGCCAUUUGCAGAGGCCGGCGUAACAGAUCUGCAAACACCCAUGCAUGGGCGGUUGCAUGCGAGCUGUGGUGUUCCUGUAGUACACGUAGUCACCUACUUCAAACCUACGUAGUACCGGGGACAUGCCUCCAGUGCGCAACGCAGCGUAACGAAGCUUGUCGCGGUGCUGAGCCGUCAGCAAGUUACCGCCUGCGAUUGUCAUAUUGCGCUUAACAGCAGUUCCACGUUGCAUGAUAGAACGAGCGGCCGCUUCAGGGUCGUCGAGGUUAACUUCUUCGGCAAAACGCUCUUUGAUUGCCGGUGGAAUGACUGGGUCCACGGCAUGUAAGAUAGAAUAUGGGCUGACUUUAGUGGAAGAAUGCACAGAGCAGUUGUAACCGAGCAUGAUGUAAGGCAGAAACUGGUGGGAGCUACUGUCAUGCGUGAAGGGAAGGGCAGGAACAGGAGGUCAAAACGGCAACUGGGCGUCGCCAGUUACGCGGGAAGGCGCGGGCGUGCUCACUAUUUCACUGUCGAGUAUGAGGAUGGUGUGUCGGAGAUGCUGUCGCUGCCUGAGCUCCGCAACAGGAUUACCACCGCCAAGCCUACCAAGCACGCAGCUGCCGCUGCAAGUGUGGGCGAGCUGGGAGACCUGACCAACGUGGAGCAUGCGCGUGGAGCUCUCUGCGCGUCCAUGCCGGGCGAGCACAUGGCUGAGAAGGCGGAGCGGCUGGCCUGUGCGGCGCGCACUGGACGGUGAUGAGGUAGUGGAAGUGCUUCGUAGCAACGGUUGUCGGGUGAGGUUUAGCAUGGAGAAGGAGGAUGUGCGAUGUGUUGAGGAGAAGAGCUUUGAGAAGGCCAAGUCUGAUGGUGUGUUUAAUGGUGUGGCUUUACUAGAUGUAUCCCCGGAGAUGGCAGAUGUUGCCCUGCCGGCGGCUAGCAAGCAUUCGAGUGUGUGUGUAGCUGCCAAGUUGCCUUGGGAGUAUGUCACGCAGGCUGAUUCGGCGCGCCUGAAGUGGUUGCGCUCGAUGCAGCGGGAGCAGAAGUUGGUGGUGAUUCCGUGUGGCACUUGUGUGUGGAUUGUGAUCUUUGCAUCUGUGAUGGCGCGGAGUGCCUUUGUGCGCACCACUGGCGGUCCGGUUGUGAGUGUUUCCAUCUUUUAAGUGCGAUCUUUAUGCGUGUUUUUCAACUUAGCGCCUACUUAUAGCAGUCUCGGCGUCUUUCCAAUACGCUGUUGACUGGGGGGGGAGUCCCGCGUAGGCACGUGGAAUGUCUGUGUACACACGUACGGGCGCGACAGCUGUCGUGUCCUGGCGUGUGAGCGUGCGUGCCGUGUCACACCGACCAUUGGGUCCGGUCUUUGCAUUUCCUCUUUAUCAUUAGCGUGCAGACAAGACAAUAAGAUUUACGUCCUGCAUGAUUUGGAGUCACGCUUGUAUGCGCGGACUAUAGAAAGAUCUGUUUGGAUAAGAGCGUCGUACUGCAUGGAGGCAGCGACGUCUCGAGGCCAAACCAAGCCUAGUCUCGUUGUAAUAUUUGAGAGUCUGAUCAACUCCUACGACGGGAAUAGCGACAUCUCCGGCCGGAGUCUGGAGCUAAGCCACACAGUACGUUGAGCAGGGCUGCGUAAACGCAUUUGCCUUGUGUGCUUGUGUAGGUAACAGAGACACAAACCCCACAGCCAAAAGACAGGCACACGAAACGUUCAUUGUCCUAUCAUAGGGCGCGACACGGGGGCAUACGUUUUCAUUGAGUCAUAGACCUUCCCUACAUGGGUGCCUACGGUCGCCAAGCGGCAGCAUUGGGGCCCGCGCCUGCACAGAAAUGACAUCGGGACUACGCUUU